AGCCAAAGGUAUAUAAUGAUAAAGAUGCUAGCUUCACCAAAAAGCAAAUGAACGAAACAAAUAAAACGUGGCGGCGCGGCACGUUCAAUGAAUGACGCCUGUUUCUAGUUCUUAAUAUGUCUUGACAAUGGAAUUUGUCGUGAGCAAAAACAUCAUGACCCCCGACCUGGGGCCGAAACCGGUGAAGCGGCAUACCUCAGCGGAUUGGCUUCGUGGAGUCUUUGAGGAAGUGCAGCCGCGAAGAGAUCGCGACUUCGAAUCGCAGAAUAAAGUUCGUCUCGGAGAAAAACGGUUUGAUGAACCAUUUACUACUUAUACAGGCAGACUUCGACUUAGACUUUCACCUUGUUUGCUUCUCUAUGCGUCUUCUACUUUGUGUGUUUUUGUUUAGACGUUCUUGAUUUUCCUUGUUACUGAUAAUAAAUAGAGGAGUAACGCAGAAAAAACGUUACCGAAUGCUCAGACUGGAGACGGCGAACGGACGUAGAUUUUUCGAUGAGAAGGAACCGAUUCCCAUCAGGCUGUAUGGCGGCGAUUUGGCGCGAGAGCUUGAUGCUGCGAAAGCGUAUGCAGGCGUGCCAAAACCGAAUACCAUUAGGGCUACCAGAUGUGCAUCGUCUUCGUCACUUCCAUUCCGCAGCUUGGUAUUUUGUUCCUAGAAGAGUGAGAAGGCAACUAUAACAAGACGGAGAAUAGUUUCAUGAGUAGAAACGCGAUCAGAAAUGCAAAUCUAUUGGUUCUAACCUAAAGACCGAAACAGGCGCACUUCUGAUUGAUUGUGAACGACUCAUGACCGAAGUUGGGCCAUUGAAGGAUCUUACCAACGCGAUAAAGCACACGGAGAACUUGCGAGACUUGGCGACACUGUCUUUCACCAAAAUUUCUGAUUGUACAUUUUUUGUGUUAUUUGUUUGCUAAACUUGGCCUUACUAGUGUGGUAGUCUGUCAUUCGGGAAAGAAAUAGUAAUAUUAGAGCUACCAUAUUUAUGAAUAUAUUGAAAAGAAGCCUAUUCCUAUUCUUAGUUUCCUCGUGACUAGUUUUUAUGCAUCUACCUGAUGUACAUGUACGUGACUGACUGACGAGUAGUCAUGAAAAAUGUCUCAAACGCAGCUGGAGCGAUAAGUAUCGUCGAGGAGCCUAUUUCUUCUGACGACGAAGACGACGACGCUUAUGAGUUCGACCAGGAGGAGGAGGAGUCUCAUCAGCUACGUGAGAACGCGGAGCAUCAAGAAUGUCCGCGCGGUGAUAUGUCCUCGCCAACGAAGCAGGUGCAUGAUGGUCAAGCAGCUGCGUUUAAGGAAUGUAGCCAUGGCCCAAAUGUUGAAAAAGCUCUGGCGAUGCUAGCGGAGUGGCACGGGCAUUUCCAGAGCGCAUUAAGUGCCGAUCCCAAUGAAGUGGGAACGAAGCUGCUGUCGAAGGAGGCUCGCAGAAAGCGACGCAACAAGAGUGGUGCUGAACGUCUCAUCUACGCAAGACUGCGAGACAUGGAAACUCGGCGUGACGAUCAGCAUGCAGAGUGGGGUCGCAAUGCGUUGAGCGAUCUUCGUGCGAACGGCGACGAAAAGUUGCCACCAGAGGAAGUCCGCAAAGCUCAGUUCGUCUUCGCGCCAGAGCCUCAUGAGUCGGGAAAUGAAGCUGGAACAGGAGCAGAGGAGCAGGAGGGUUAUACAAGCACCAAGGACAAAGAGGUCAGCAACAACGAAGAUACAACUGCAACAUGCGAGAAGCCGUCUCCUGGUGAAGAUCAAGCGGCGUUGUAUGCUGAAAAUGCUGGUGCUGGAGCUGCCUCGUCGUCGACAAAGGAUCAUAACGAAACUAAUGCUGCAGCGCACGGAACAUCUAAUCCCACUGAUGACACCUGUGGUGCGAAUCCGAAUGAUGGCAAGAAUCAGCCUAGCACAGCAAACGUCGAGAACAACAACAAGGGGGACGAGGACAACGUGGCGAUCAAUCGCAGACAGGAUGCUGAUAUCAGAAGAAUGGCGUCGCGUUCCUCAUCGUCCUUCCGUUUUUACGCGUUGCUGCUUGCGACGCGGAGCGUCGAUGCAAAUGGGAAUGCAUUAAUGCUUCCAUUUGGCGCAGCAAAUCCGAUCUUCAUCGUCAAAUUGGCAGUCGACUUGUGGGACAGUGUUUUGCGGGAUGUGCCUCGAGAGGUUUGGCCCUUGGAACCGAUUCCCUUUGGACUGAUCUCGCCCGCUGCUGUUGCUGUUCCUCCUUCGACUGCCGCGCCCCCUCGACAUUUACAAGGUGAAAACGGAGACACGGUAGCGAUGCCGACCAAAGUUGAUCAAAGACAAAAACUUAGUGCUGCUGAGAAAGUGCAGCACGUUUUGCGAUACCUCAAACGAGAUGUCGAGAUUGCUGCCUUUCCGGAGGAUUGCGAGCUACAAGGCGUCAUGCCGAAAGCCUCUGCGGCGUCAUUUGUAUGACCACAAAUAGUUGAAACUUUUACUAGCAAAGUCAGAGCAUUUCCAUGCUCUAUUAAGUAUUUAGAUUUACAUUCAGUACGAAUAGCAAUAGAAUAAGAAUAACAAAGCUGAUGAAACAGAAACCGUAACGCGACGUAGACAAUCCGUCUAUCAAAGCACGACCUGGACCUUAGUUUCAGGCAAUUCUUCUUGUGUAGAAAGCGCCGGCGUCAAGUCACUUUUUCAUACAACAUAACAUUUGCAAGACAAGAGUAGAAUACUUGUACGGGGUCCAAGUCGCUCCUAGUCCUAUUAUGGAGUUGUGAUCAGAAGUUGAAGUAGAAAAGGUAAUUAUAGUACCGAAGCAUCACCUUCGACAUGUUGGUCAGUACGCAUGCACGAAAGUAAAUACUCCCAUGCAUCCGAUGAACAUGAAGGUUACUCAGUUUACUACGGCUUCUUUGUCUUUCUUGGAAGCGCUUCAUGCAGCAGGAAUGUCCCUCGUGAGAGGCGCGGGCGCGUUUUCAUUUGA